AUGGGGGACACUUUUCGGCAUAGUAGUCAAAAUGAUAAUUUAGAGCGAUUCGAAGAAGUCGAAGAGGAAAAAGGAUUCCAGCUGCCGUCAAAACUGAAAUCGCAAUUUCAAGUCAUGAGGUCAGACCACCCAGCCACUCACAGGAGUUAUCAAAUCAAGUUGUGA